AUGUUUGAUGUUAUGACAGGUUUCCCUAAAUUUUGUUUACUUGCUCAGCAAAACAAAAAAGGGCAGAGUUCGUUGCUGUCCUACUUUAGCACAGACACACCAAGCAAAAAGAAACGGUUUGAAGAUAAAGCGCCAGAAGGUGUUGUUUUGGAACAUGAACUAGAACCAAAUGUAGAAGAUGUAUCAGGCUCGUCAUACGCUCAGUCAACCGCAACUACUAAGCACAUUGCUCCUAUAGAUGAAAUUCAGAGGCCCAGCUGUUCCUCUAGUUCAACUAGUCAGUUGGAAAUUGGUCUAAUUAAUAAACGUGAUCCUGCUCAUGGUCCAAGUAUGGCUAAAGUGUGUUUUGGGGAAGGCUCAUUUCAACCACGGGAUUUUAAUUUCCCUAAAACAGAUGGUAGGAAAUUUAGACCGGAGUGGUAUACAAUUUUUUCUUGGCUGGAAUAUAGUCUUCUAACCGAUAAAGCCUUCUGUUUUGUAUGUCGUUCGUUCUACAACUCAGAAGGUAGAAAUAAUGCAGAAGAUGUAUUUACACUCAUUGGAUUUUCCAAAUGGAAGAAAGCUGUAAAAGUAUUUGAGAAACAUGAGAAGAGUAACUCACACCAAAGUAAUAACAUAAAACUCAAUUGUCUAAAAGAAGCGAACAAAAGUGGCACUGUUAUUGAAAAAGUGAAUCAAAAGUAUUCAGAAGAAGUACAAGAAAAUAGAUUGUACUUAGAAGCUUUGUGUGAAUCGUUGAUAUUUUGUGGCAGACAAUCUAUUGCUCUAAGAGGUCAUGAUGAAUCUACAGAUUCAAAGAACAGAGGAAACUUUUUGGAGUUAAUGAAGCUUCGUUCCAAAGAUAACAGUUUAAUAAAAAAAUUCUUCAUGGAGCAUCGUAAAAAUUUUCAGUAUACUUCAGCAACUUUUCAGAAUGAGCUACUGUCCAUUAUUGGGGAACAAAUUAAGUGUCACAUAGCUAAAGAAGUUAAAGAGGCUGAGGUUUUUGCAAUUAUAGCUGAUGAAACUCAAGAUAUAGCAAAGCACGAACAAGAUUGUCUUGAGAUAUGUUAA